AUUCUGCUUGACACAUGGCAACUCAUUAGCCGAUUCCAUAUCUAUUUUCCUAUCUUUUAAGAUAAGCCCCUUAAUACAUUAACUGAUCAACCCCAAUCUCAUUCAAGCACAAAAUUUGACCCAAAAUGGCCUCUGUUUGUGCUUCUUCGGCUAUUGCAGCUGUUGCCAUCUCAUCCCCCAGUUCCCAGAAGACUGGAUCAGUAGUGGGGACAACAAAGGCUUCUUUCCUUACAGGGAAGAAACUUAGAUCUGUGAGAAAGUACACAAAACCAGCUGCCGGACCAACAUUUCCAGUGUGCGCCGCCGCCGACCCCGACAGACCCCUUUGGUUCCCAGGCAGCACUCCUCCUCCAUGGCUGGAUGGCAGUCUCCCUGGUGACUUUGGUUUCGAUCCUCUCGGUCUUGGGUCUGACCCUGAGACAUUGAGAUGGAACGUACAAGCAGAGCUGGUUCACUGCAGAUGGGCAAUGUUGGGAGCUGCUGGUAUUUUCAUCCCAGAGUUCUUAACCAAGAUUGGGAUUUUAAACACUCCAUCGUGGUACUCAGCUGGAACAGAGGAAUACUUCACUGACACCACAACUCUCUUCAUCGUUGAGCUUAUUUUUAUCGGCUGGGCUGAAGGGAGAAGAUGGGCUGACAUUCUCAAGCCAGGGUGUGUAAACACAGACCCCAUCUUCCCUAACAACAAGCUCACCGGGACUGAUGUUGGAUACCCAGGUGGCCUGUGGUUUGACCCUCUUGGUUGGGGAAGUGGUUCGCCUGAGAAGAUCAAGGAGCUGAGGACGAAAGAGAUCAAGAAUGGCCGAUUGGCUAUGUUGGCAGUGAUGGGUGCAUGGUUCCAACAUAUCUACACCGGCACUGGGCCCAUUGACAACCUCUUUGCCCACCUUGCCGAUCCUGGUCAUGCCACCAUUUUUGCUGCUUUCACCCCCAAGUGAAACACUAGGAGGGGGGAACCCUAACAGCCAGGAAAAUGUUGGACAAAAAUCGAUGGUCGUCAUACGUACACCUUUUUACCUAAUCAGCAAGGAGAUGGAAAGAUGUGUUUGGGGAUGCUUGUAUCAGUAGAUCAUUGUAAUGCCUCUGUUGAGUGUUGUACAAAUACCUUUAUGAAAUUAGAAGCAAUGAAUAUUUAUUAAGGUUAA